UGUCCGAACAGGUAGUUAAAUAAGAGGUAGGUAAAUAAAAUUGGAAUGUCUUCCCUCAGGCAGCUGUUGACCCCUGGAUAUCAGGAAAUAUGGUACACUCCGGAUGGAAGUCGCAGAUCCUUCUCUCCUGUCAACAAAAAUCACUGUUUAUACCACGGAGAGGUUGCAGGUGUAGACGGUUCCAGUGUGGCUCUCAGCACAUGCUCAGGUCUCAGGGGUCUAAUUUCUCUAAACGCGAGCGUCAGCUACCUCAUUGAGCCUGUUUCUACGGAUACGCCUCAGCACGCCGUUUUCCGAGCCGAGAGUUUCCAUCUACCUCCCAGAAGCUGCCUGCAGCACUAUAGUAACCGGGAGGCCCUUGGCACCUUCCUCCAGGGGAUGACAUCAGCACCGAGCUUCAGGGAACGAAGAGACCUGAGUCAGAAUAUGAAAUAUGUGGAGCUACUGUUGGUAGCGGACAAGGCUGAGUUUGACAAACACGGGAGUAGUCUCGAGAAGACCCAACUGAAAUUACUGGAAGCUGCCAACUUAGUUGACAAGUACUACAAGGCCUUAAGCAUCCGAGUGGCGCUGAUCGGUCUUGAGGUGUGGACCAGCCAGGACUUGAUCAACGUGUCCGACAACCCUCACAGCACCCUGGCGGCGUUCCUGUCGUGGAGACGCAAACAGCUUCACACACUCCACAAUGACAACGCUCAGCUCAUCACGGGAAAGUCAUUCCAGGGUACCACCAUUGGGUUGGCACCUCUCAAAGCCAUGUGCUCUGAAUACCAGUCAGGUGGCGUGAACACGGACCACUCGGAGUCAGCUGUUGGCGUCGCCGCCACAAUGGCGCAUGAGAUGGGCCAUAACUUCGGCAUGAGUCAUGACAGCGCUGGCUGCUGCCAGGCCAAAGCUGAGGAUGGGGGUUGCAUCAUGGCAGCUGCUACAGGGCACCCGUUUCCACGUGUGUUCAACACGUGUAACAUGCGGGAGCUGAAGAGCUACUUGAGCUCAGGAGGAGGAAAGUGUCUCUUCAAUGAGCCAAACACCAGAUCCAUGUAUGGAGGACAGCGCUGCGGCAAUGGCUACCUGGAGGAUGGGGAGGAAUGCGACUGUGGAGAGCAAGAGGAAUGUACCAGUCCCUGCUGUAACGCAAACAACUGCACUUUAAAAGCUGGUGCUGAGUGCGCCCACGGCGUCUGUUGUCAUAACUGCAAGCUGAAGAGCCCGGGCGUGCUGUGUCGAGCUCCGUCGGGCCAGUGUGACCUGGCCGAGUACUGCGAUGGCAAGGCUGAGUCUUGCCCUGCUAACUUCUAUUUGGUGGAUGGCACAUCGUGUGCGGAUGGGAAGGCUUACUGUUACACUGGCAUGUGCCUCACGCUGGAGCAACAGUGCCGCUCACUCUGGGGACGAGAUGGUCGCCCGGCCCACGAUGUGUGUUUUAAGAAGGUCAAUGAAGCUGGCGACAUGUAUGGCAACUGUGGUAAAGAUCUGUUUGGGAAAUACAGGAGCUGUCAGGACAGAGAUGCUAAAUGCGGGAAGAUCCAGUGUCUCUCUUCAGCUUCCAAGCCGAUUGAGAGCAAUGCAGUGCGCAUCGAGACCACAGUGAGCGUGGGCAACAAGAGGGUGCAAUGCAUGGGAACACACGUUUACAAGCCUGGGCAGAGAGAUGAAGAGGUGCAGGGUGACACUCUGGACCCAGGCCUCGUCAUGACUGGCACCAAAUGUGGAGAUGACUCAAUUUGCUUCAACGGCGAAUGCCGUAACGCAUCUUUCCUGAAAGCUGAUGACUGCCAUUCCAAAUGUAAUGGACAUGGGCUGUGUAACAACAACCACAACUGUCACUGUGAGAGUGGUUGGGCCCCGCCUUUAUGUAACCAGAGAGGGCCGGGCGGGAGUGUGGACAGCGGACCUGUCAUCAGUCACAGCAACCUCCUUCCGGUGCUGCUGGUCCUUCCUCUGCUUUUCUUUGUCGGGUUGGCUGUUGGACUGUGGUGUUGCUAUAAACACAAACUCCAGCCGCUGAAAACAUCGGCUCCGCCACCCGCACCGAGUAGUUCAGUCCCAGUCGAAGCCAAGCCCCUGCAUGCAGACGGCCAUGUGAAUGGUCACACCAACCCAACAUUCUUGCUCAAGAAACAAGACUUGGAACAACAGAGAAAGUCCUCUCCUCAUCUGAGCCAAGCGUGUCCAACCCGGCCUAAACAUGUUUCUGUGCGUCCUGUUGUGAAGCCCCCACCUGUUCCGGUGUUGGCUUCACAACACAGUGAGUCUCGGAGUCUUAUCCAGAGACAAUCCUCACUGAGCAACGCUCAUUUUAGACCUGAGCUGAGGCGAAAGCAGGCUCCUCUGCCACCUUCAUCUGCACUUUCCCCCUCCACAUCUCGAUCAGAGCCCCCCAACAGGCCUCCGCCACCUUGUCCUGGCAGCAGACCGGCAACGCACCAAUCGAGAGGCCAACUCGUCACCGCUGAUGCACUGCUGAUGGGAAAGGCUGCUUUGGCUCCAUCUGUUGAACAUAAAAAGCCAAGCAGAUCUUGAACCUCAGGGAGAUAUUGACCAUGUAAUCUAAGAUACUUGACCCCCCCGGACCUGUGGACUGCAUUUUAUUUAUGCGGUGGCCAAGUGGAAACAAAUGUGAAUGAUUUUAUAUGUAGGCAGUGUCAAGUCGCUGGAGUAUUUAUUUCCAAAGCAAAAAAUAAAACAAAACAUGAAUGUUUACAGUUUAGAUCAAAGAUGGUGCCUCUAAAAGUGCAUCGGCAGUAAAUGGAUAUCUUACAUUAAGAGAAUAGACCAGUGCUGAAAUGUUAAUGCUUCUUAUUUGUGGGUAAUAUUGGGAUUUUAACUGGACUCAAGGGGACCAGUCGGACGCCUUGCAGAAAAGAUGCAUGUUCAUUUUGAUGAGAGGCAUGUCAUAAGUGAUCUGUUAUUUUAUAUUAAGGCCACUUUAUAUUUUACAUGGGAUUUUUUUUCAUAGCUUUAUUUUAAGACCUUUGUACAUACCGUAAAUAUUCUGUAAAAUAAUCCCCUCACUAAACUCUACUGGCAGUGAGAUUUUCGUUUUACCCCAAACCUUGGUGCUUAGCUAGAGCUUUAUUUUUCAUGUCUGCGAAACUUUCUUGAAUUGCACCGUAAUUUUAAUUUAAUCAAAUGUGGAAUCUGUGUCAAUGAACAUUCGAUGUUGCUUGUCCUUCAUGUAUGCAUCAUUGUUGAUGGGAGGCAUUGCAAUAGGGAAGUGCCAUGAUGAAUGUACUGUUUAAGAUCAAGACUUUGGAAAGUAACUGGUGUUCUAAUAUGGAUACAAGGCUGCCAUAUUGUGUCUUUUCCAAAGAUCUAUGCAAACUCAGGCACUGCAACAUUGAAUUUUCAACUGGAAUUCAAUAAAAUAUUUCAUGUUUCACA